UACCUCUCUGUUUGCAUUUAUACCUCACUUUCUUAGUGUUAUAGACGCUGAUAUAAAGUUCAUAUCUUAAGCAGCUUCAUGGCAAUCUUGCCUGUUUAUAGAAUCACAUUAAAGGGUUUCAAGAUCUGAACUUUCAUCCUUUUUCUUUUUCGUUUUUCAGUCGAACGCAAAGAUGGGUUUUCAGAUUUGGAAAAUGGGUUUUUGUUUUGGUUUAUUAAGCUGCAGCUUGCUUUCGGUAAGCUCAAAAGCUGCUACAGGGGAUGCUGCUGCUGUUGAAGGCACUGUUUAUGUUGAUGGGAAAGCUCCCAUUGGGACAAUAGAUGAUGACUUUGUGUGUGCUACUUUGGAUUGGUGGCCUCCUGAGAAAUGUGAUUAUGGGACAUGCAGUUGGGGUCUUGCUGGACUGCUCAAUCUGGACCUUAGCAAUAAGAUAUUGUUGAAUGCCGUGAAAGCUUUUUCACCAUUGAAGAUUAGAUUAGGGGGCUCAUUGCAAGACAAGCUCACAUAUGGUACAGAUGACAAUAGGAAGCCCUGUACUGCAUUUGUUAAGAAACCUUCUGAGAUGUUUGGUUUCACUGAAGGAUGUUUACCCUUGGAAAGAUGGGAUGAGCUUAAUGACUUCUUUGCAAAAUCAGGGGCUAAGAUUAUUUUCGGACUAAAUGCUCUUGCCGGACGGUCUAUAAAGGCUGGUGGUCCGGCUAUAGGACCUUGGAACUACACCAAUGCCGAAUCUUUUAUUCGUUACACUGUCGAAAAGAACUACAACAUCUAUGGCUGGGAGUUAGGAAACGAAUUGUCCGGGAAUGGGGUUGGAACUAGGAUCACGGCGAAUCAGUAUGCGGCCGAUGCAGCGGCUCUAAAAAGUAUAGUGCAAAAGAUAUACAAGGACGUUGAUUCCAAGCCUUUAGUCAUAGCACCUGGUGGGUUCUUUGACACAGACUGGUUCAAAGAAUUUAUCGAUAAAACAACCGCAUCUUUAGAUGUGGUCACUCACCACAUAUACAAUCUCGGACCAGGAGUUGAUACCCACCUGGUUGAAAAGAUACUUAAUCCUUCCGUUCUCGAUAAUAUCGUCGGAGCAUUCAGUGGCCUCCAAGACAUUAUCAAGAGUUCUCCGACUUCAGGAACUGCAUGGGUGGGCGAGGCGGGAGGAGCUUAUAAUAGUGGCCAUAAUCUUGUUACAAAUGCAUUUGUGUUCAGUUUCUGGUAUUUAGAUCAGCUCGGCAUGGCAGCGAAGUAUGAUACAAAAACAUACUGUAGACAAUCGUUAAUUGGCGGAAAUUAUGGUUUACUAGACACCAAGACCUUUGUACCGAAUCCAGACUACUACAGCGCUCUUCUUUGGCACCGAUUGAUGGGAAGAAAUGUUCUGUACACGAGCUUUGCCGGGACGAAAAAGAUACGCUCGUACACUCACUGCGCAAAACAAUCGGAAGGCAUCAUGCUACUAUUGAUCAACCUUGACAGGAGCACGACUGUCCGGGUUAAACUUGAAUUCAACAAUACAAACGCCUUUCGACACAAACACGGAUCUCGGACUUUGCACAACCAACACAUGUCGUUUGAAAAGACGAUCGUCCAGCUUCCUCAAGUGGCCGAUGCCGAAAUCGGAAGAGAGGAAUACCAUCUAACACCAGCAGAUGGAAACAUACAAAGCCAAACCAUGCUACUGAAUGGAAACAAUUUAAGUGUGGAUUCAUCAGGGAUCAUACCACCACUGGAGCCUUUUCACGUAAACUCGACGAAGCCGAUAACGGUUGCUCCUUUAUCCAUUGUGUUCAUCCACCUGCCGGAUGUUAUGCUCCCUGCUUGCAAGGUGCGACUCUAAAGAGAACCAAAACCGGUUCCCAAUCAAAUAAGAAAAACACAUUGCAAUUGUACCAUUUUUAUUCAUAGGAAGAAAACAGGCUCACAUACAAAGUAUAAGAAGAU